GCCCAGCUGCGGCCGCAUGCAUGCCAUUCUCGGCUCAGCAGCCAGAUAUCGGCAUGACUGGGCUGCCAUUCUCGGCUCAGCAAGCGCAUGACGCCGAUUGUCCAUUCUCUGCAGCGACCAUGUGAGGGUGAGGGAGAGGGAGGGCGGGAGACGGCCGCGCGCGUUCCUCCGGCUAUAUAUGCAGCCCAGAUCUCAGGCGGUCUUCAUUCCUCCGACCUCGCGCCGGCGACUGCCCUCGAUGGAAUCGGUGAGCUCCGGCGACGGCUAUCCCCAGCUACGGACGACCGUCGGCCAGCGCGGGCUCAGUCGGCACGGCGCCGACGACCCUCGGCUUGGAGCUCGCCCUCGCCCGCGACCCUCCAGGGCCAUCCACCCGAGCCCAUCCAUGGAGGGAGAGGCCGUUGACGCCGAGCUGCGGCUCGGCCCUCCGGACAGCGGCGGCGCGUCGGCGGUGGCGGCGGAGAGCAAGUACGUCAAGGUGAGCGUGGAAGGAGCCCGGUACCAGCGGACGGUGGACCUGAGGGCGUACGGAGGGCACGGGGAGCUCAGGGCGGCGCUCUUGGGCCUGGCCGGCCAGAUGCUGGACUUGGCCGUGGCCUACGAGGACAAUGACGGCGACAUCUUGCUCGCCGGCGACCUCCCCUGGGACAUGUUCGUCUCCGACUGCAGGAGCGUCAGGAUUAUGAGACGGUCGACGACGGUGACAAGCAGCUAGAGCUAGUUAGGGCAGCAACGCGACAUCUCCAUGUCGUGUCAUCAUUGCCGUUGGUGUUUUUCUUAGAUGCGUUUAUGUUGGCAAAAUUUCUACAUCUUGUUUGGUGCUGUUGCAUGAUACUUUACGGUGAGAAAUUUGGAUGAAACUUGAAUAAGAACUGCGCCUUGUUAACUUGUUUGCUCGACGAUGAGCAUUCUUCAGUCUCUCUUCGGUCGGUCACAGAGAAGAAGCAUCUAUUUGAUUCACCAAAGUUAAGUUAGAUAGAUCAUUUGUUAGCUCAUGAGUUAAUAAACAAACUUUUCUUGUAAAAAAACAAGAAGCUAAUUGACAAAUAUAUAUUCUACCAAA